UAUUAAUUAAAAAUGCGGCAAUUGAAAGAUGGUAUUUUAUGCGUACUAAUGUACAUACAAAUUUUCGUUGGACAAGAAGAACUAUUAUUACAGGAAUUAUCGGUUGCAUUAUAAUUCCUGUUGGUACAUAUGCUCUUUGUUGGACUGAUGAUUCUAAAUGGAAUCUAACUGGUAUUCGUAAAGGCCAAACAAAAGAAGAUAUGAAAAUAAAACAUUAA